AUGCCGAGUUCGCCGGCCAGGCUUUUCAGAAAUGUUUGGAGAAGUGCAAAACACAAACUGGUGCGAAGGUUAGCUACGCUGUUGCCGCAGGUCAGAUCAACAGAAUCUGUUUUUCCGCGCACUUCGUGGCCAGCUUCUGCAAGAUUCAGAGAUGCUCUUGCAACAGUCCUCCAAACAUGUGAGCUUCGUGUGGGGCGAUACUACCACAAGUGGAGUGCGGCGGCUCAUCAGCAGCCGUCAAGGCGACACAGGGAUUUGUUACCUUUGCCCAAGCUUGUAGACUGGCCAGUUCAAGUCGACACCAGGCAGGUGUCCGAGACGAUUUGUUUGGAAAUCAGCAACAUCUGCAUUUCGGGACUCAACUGCUUGUACAGUGGCUUGAAAGAGCCCGACCCGUCUGUGCUUGGCACCUGGACCCCCACUAAAGCACAGGCUUCUGCACAUCGCCAUGUAUGCUCCCGGGUUGUGAGUUUCUUGGGUGAUUUGGACAGUCACUUCGGAAACAGCCUGCCGUGGCGCAACGCUUUUCAGUGCAGUGAGGCCGCUACUGCGGUUUCCCAGGAGUUGCGGAGCGAAGCCGUGGAUUUGCCUGAUGUGGCGGGAACAUGCAGGACUUCGGCCGUUGUGCCGGAGGAGAUGCAGGCCGUCAUCUCUGAUGUCAAGAGAAUCUUUCCGGCUGGCUUUCAGGUCAACGAGCCCGAGCCCCACCUUAGUCCAGAGCAGCGUCAGCAAUACAUCUUGCUCACCAUCCGUGAACUCAAGUGUGGUAAGCUACGUUUGCGAACUGCUGUGCAAGGCUUGGGUGGAGUGUUUGCUGUCGGUAAGACCUCUGGUCGACAGCGAAAGGUCUGGGAUGGUUCGUCUGUGUCCUGCCGUGCUUCUCGCCCUCCGAAGCCAUGCAGACUGGCCAACCCUGCAUCCUUUCUGGACUUGGAGAUUGAGCCCGGCAGCGAGGUUUUCUUCUCCAAGCGUGACGCUUCAACUUUCUUUGAUGCAUUGCAGGCGCCGGCUGAGUUGCAGGGAUGGUUUGCUCAGCCACCCGUCUACGUGCACGAGUUGCUGGCGGCUGGCCUCAGCAUGGAAGAUGUGCUUAAAUGUUGCGACGAUCCGGCCCAGACUGUGACGGGCUCUACGAAAAUUUUUCCGGUGCACACCGUGUGGCCAAUGGGCUUCUCCUGGUCAUCGGCGGUGGCGCAGGAGACAACCUUGGCAUUAUGCCGUCGGGCUGGAAUUGAAGAGUGCAACGUGCUGUCGCUCGACCAUGAUUUGCCCGCCUGCUUCGAUGAGGCUUGCUUCGUAGCGACCGAUGACACCGUUCUGGUACACAAGCGAAAGGAUAAGGGGGCCUCCACUCUGAGACGGCUCGAUCAGGCUUUUGAGGAGUGUGGUGUUCCCAGGAACCGCAAGAAGGAUGUGACACUAGAGAGCCAAGUCACGGCGCUUGGCUGUGACCUGACUUCUCAUCCUGCAGUGGCUCGUCCGAACAUUGCGAAGUUGGGACAAGCUGUCUGCUCUACACUGGACCUCCUCGCCACUGGAACAGCUUCACCUGAGGGUUUCCACUCGCUUCUUGGCGUGUGGGAAUGGUUCUCUCUGCUGCAGCGACCCUUCUUCAGCAUCUACGAUGCAGUUUUUGGCUUCGUCCGGCGUGAGCCCACGCGCCAGAAACAGGUGGUUCCUAGCAACGCUAUGGAUGAGAUCUUGCUAACUCUGGUGCUUGCUCCUUUGUUUUGCACUUCCUUAGAUCGCGUGCCGCUUCAGUUCUUAACUGCUGCAGAUGCAGCGCCGCAGUACGGCUUUGGAGUUUCCGUUUGCAGCUGCAGUGCCACCGAAGCAGGUGAAGUUUGCAGAUUGGCAGAAAGGCGAGGUGACUAUGUGAGACUUACGCCUGGACUCGAAGAUCCUCCUGAAGUUUGCAGGCUGGGACAACCACAUCGCCUUCGCUUUCGCCAGGAAGAUUUUGCAACUGUCAUGUCCUACAAAGCUAAAUGGCAGGCACAUUCUGGUGCGCUGGAGGCACACGCAUACCUGCUGUCCUUGAAGUGGAUCGCACGCAAAGCAGCAAACCAUCAUCAUAAAGCUGCGCUGCUUUUGGAUGCUAAAGUUGUGGUUGGAGCUGCUUCUAAAGGAAGGAGCUCUGCUCGCGCACUCCGUACUGUGCUCAGGGCUGCAGCCGCAACGACGCUGGCCGCAGACCUGUUGCCCAGAAUCAUUUACAUUCCCAGCGAAAGCAACCCAGCUGACGGCCCAUCCCGAGGCAAAAGGCUCUUCAGAGCCAGAUCUCUUCGCAAGGGCUUUGGGAAACGCCGCAGCCGAAACCCGCUGGAAGUUCGGGUUGGUUCGUUGGUGGAUGCUUACGGUGCUGUCAAGGCUUGA